UGCCCCUAGGGCUCCCCGCAGACGCCUGCUCUUCUGCUCGGCCCGGGCCGCCUCUUCCUGGGCGCCCGCCACCCGCAUCCCCGCUCGCCCCGCGGGGAAUGGGGCCUUUCCCCUGCCUGAGCCGGCCCUCCUGGGGCCCUCGAGGCCACCCAGCCCCGCCGUGACUGCCCAGCCCGCCGGGUGGACCACAGGAUGAAGGGCGGCGAGGGGGACGCGGGCGAACAGGCCCCGCUAAACCCAGAGGCUGAGAGCCCCGCCGGCUCGGCCACAUACCGAGAGUUCGUGCACCGCGGCUACCUGGACCUCAUGGGGGCCAGUCAGCACUCGUUGCGAGCUCUCAGCUGGCGCCGCCUCUACCUCAGCCGGGCCAAGCUCAAAGCCUCCAGCCGCACGUCUGCCCUGCUGUCGGGCUUCGCCAUGGUGGCCAUGGUGGAGGUACAGCUGGAGAGCAACCAUGAAUACCCACCAGGCCUGCUGGUGGCCUUCAGUGCCUGCACCACGGUGCUAGUGGCUGUGCAUCUCUUUGCUCUCAUGGUCUCCACGUGUCUGCUGCCCCACAUUGAAGCUGUUAGCAAUAUCCACAACCUCAACUCUGUCCACCAGUCUCCACACCAGCGACUCCACCGCUACGUGGAGCUGGCCUGGGGCUUCUCCACUGCUUUGGGCACCUUCCUCUUCCUUGCUGAAGUUGUCCUGGUUGGCUGGGUCAAGUUCGUACCUAUUGGGGCCCCCUUGGGCACACCAGCCCCUGUGGGACCUGCCUCCCAGGUAUCUGGGACUCUGCCACCAGUUAUUGCCUCUCUUAGUCCAGCUUCCAAGCCAUCCUCUGUUUCUGUAGCCCCAUCACAGGUGGAGUCACCUGAGCCCUGCCCACCCCAGCAAGUGUGUGGGGGUGGUGGGGCCCAUGGACCGGGCUGGCAAGCAGCAAUGGCCUCCACAGCUAUCAUGGUACCUGUGGGGCUAGUGUUUGUAGCCUUUGCCCUGCAUUUCUACCGCUCUUUGGUAGCACACAAGACCGAUCGCCACAAACAGGAACUGGAGGAGCUGAGUCGCCUGCAGGGGGAGCUGCAGGCUGUGUGAAGCUGGUGUUAGCGGAAGCUGCAAAUACUGCCUCCCUGAGGGGUCUGGGAGAAGCUCCAGGUUUUAUGGACCCCUUUCCCUGCCCCUGCCUGGAGCCACUUCCUGUGGCUACUCUCAGGUAGAAACUGACCAGGUAGAGACUGAUUCCUGUCCCAGGGUCUUUUGGGCUGGUCCUUGAGUCAGCUCCCACAUUCCCAUGGAUUUGUCAUUCCAUCCCAUGGGUCUUAUAAGUUCUAUUUUAUACCUGGCUUGGGAAGAUCAAGGGAGAAAGUGGAAGGUUCUCAGUUCAAGGUUCAUGCGGUAGGUAGAGAGGAAGCAGGGAGACCCUGGCCAGACCUUUGGUGCUGACCCUUAGACUUUGUCCAAUACGGAAUGUGGAGGUCAGGUUCCAUGCCCACCCAGCUGUCACAGAAGGCAGUCAACUUUUGCUUUACUUUUUGCAGAAUCUAUUUGUGGUUGGCAUUUUUCAGGAAACUUUUCCCCAUCCCCAAAUUUUGAUGGGUUUCACAUUCUUGCUUAAGUUACUGUAGAGAGAGAUCUGGACAUUUCUUCCCCAGGCUUAGGUGCACCUUUUCCUAGGAGUAACCUAAUUGAGGUGGUUCAAGUGCCUGCCCCUCUGCCCUAGGCCCACACUUAUGCAUCUUUAUCUGGUUCUACCUUCCUGGGUUCAGCAAAGGGUUCAUUUAUUGAGGGCCUUAUGUGCCCAGCCUGACUCCUUUACAAGGCUUGGGGUGAGGUUUUAAGGGAGGUCUGGACUAUAGAGCUAUUCUGACACUGAAUUUUUGAUGCACCUUGUUUUAUAUAAUAAAAUGCAUU